AUGAUUAUUAACAACAAAUUUGUUACCCCAAAAGAAUUUCCAAAUAUUCCUUCAAUUCGUAAAGACUACCGAUAUUUCCACGUAAUGGACAACUUAUGGAAUCACAAAUAUUUUUCGUCCCCAAAAAUAUAGAAAUUGCCCGAGGAUGGCGCUAUAUUGCGCCAUCCUCGGGCAAUUGGAGACACGGCUCCACACGGGAAUUGUGUUCCAAGUGUGGAGCCAUUUUUCCACGUGGGAAAAUGUGGAUUCCACAAGUGGAAAAAUGGCUCCACACGUGGAAUACGGUUCCCGUGUGGAGCCAAUUUUCGCUUGCCCUAGGAUGGCGCCAUAUAGCGCCAUCCUAGGGCAAAUCCUAUAUCACAAUUUUAUCAUAAAAUCCAAGAAGAGUUUAAUUCAGGGCCAUACUCGCCUGAAAGAAUGGCAAAGCUGCAAGCUGAAUUAGAGUCUUUUGAAAGGAGCCAAAAGAUGAGUGUCCUGAAAAUGCCAUAGGAUGCUAAAUUCAUGCAUUUUUUUGCUGAUUAAAGGUGAAUUUUGUUUUUCAUGUCCAAAUUUUUUAUCUAUUUGUGUUUUUUCAUACUAAAAUUAGAAUUAUUAACAAUAAAUAAUACAUGGAUAUGGAAUUUUUAGGAUAGUCCCCAAAAGACAGUUGAACAGAAGCUUCAGUCAAGACAGAGGCUGAUGAAAAGAAAAGCAGAAAGAGAGCUUGUAAACGUAAUUUAGAUUCAAAUUCAUAGCAAACAAAAAUCAGAAGACCCUGAAUUAUUUGUGGAAUCUUUAGAUGGGAAAGAUUUAAAUAUGCCUAUAAGAAAAAGACUAAAUUCACAAGAAUCACAUAGACCAAGAGUCCCUGUUAAUGAGUGGGAAAGAGUUGGACAUUUGUCACCGGCGAAAUUAAAAUCAGCUUACCCUAAUAAAUUAUUGGAAAAAGAUAGCCAAGGCUUUGAAAAUAUUUUAAAUAAAACUGAAGAACUGCAAAAGCUGGAAGAUUAUUUCGAAGAACAAAAACAACAAAAAAGGCAGAAACUGAGAAAUAAGCUGGCACAGUGACAUAAUGACAGCUUAAAUUUGGAAAGAAAAUCUGGAAUUGUCAAAUACAGGCUUAAUGAAAUCCCAGAAAGCACUGUUGAAGAUUUUAACACAAGCUUAACUUCGAAAAAACCAUAUACAGCAUCUAAAAGGCUAGAAGAGUUAAGCAGACCUCGUAUAAAAAAACUAGAAAAACUAUUAGAGCACCACGAUUUUCGAGGUCUAUUGAAAGUCGAUUUUCCUAAUGCUCUGUCAAAAAUUAAUUCCUCCUUUGGUUCUGCUGAUGUUUCACUUAUUUCCUCAAGCUACAAAACCAAAAGAUCUUCAUCUAUCUCAGUUGAUGAAUCCAAAACAACUUUAUAUGAGAUUUCAGAUUUUGAGAAAAAAAAUCUUCAAAAAGCAAAUUUAGAUAGUCCAUUAGAAAUUACCGUGAUCCCUUAUUCUCGAAAUGACCCGAAGUCACCAUAA